AUGAGUAUGAUAUUGAAGCGGAAGUUGAAGUUUGAUAGCUCUAUUUUGGGCACUAAAGGACAUUGGGAUGGCGCAUAUGAUAGAGAAUUAGAUUGUUUCGAUGAAACUGGCGAUGUAGGUGAAAUUUGGUUUGGUAAAUCAUGCCUUAAAACUAUGGUUAAAGCAGUUUCUCAAUUACCAGAAUUAAAUAAAGAAUCAAAAAUGAUUGAUUUAGGAUGCGGUAAUGGAAUGACAUUAAUAGAAUUGGCCAAAUUAGGAUUUAAAAAUUUACAUGGUUCAGAUUAUUCAGAAAAAGGUAUCGAAUUAGCAAAGAAAAUUAGAGAUCAAGAAAAUUUUGAAUUUAUAAAUUAUUUUAUUGACGAUAUUACAAAAUCAAAUAUACAAGAAACUUUUGAUGUAGUUUUGGAUAAAGGUACAUUCGAUGCCAUUGCAUUAUCAGAAAAUAGAGACGAAAUGAAAAUACUUUAUAAACAACAUGUCGAAACAAUUUUAAAAUCAGAUGGUUUAUUUAUUAUUACAAGUUGCAAUUACACUGAAAACGAAUUAAAGAAAUAUUAUACUGGUGACGGAGACCAAUCUAAUUUUAUUUAUAUGACAAAUGUACAAUAUCCAGUAUUUAAAUUUGGUGGUUCAAAAGGUUCAACCCAAACCACUUUAAUAUUUAAAAAAAAAUAA